AUGGAUCCUGACAAUCUGGGCCUUGAUUCCUUGACCCUAGAUCCUGACAAGCUGAACUUUCGGUUGCACGUUGUUACCUGGAAUGUGGGCACAGCAUCACCACCUAGAGAUCUCAGCUCAUUAUUGCUCUUUGAUGCGUCGGUCUCAAAUAUUGAUAUGUAUGUCAUUGGACUGCAAGAAGUGAAUUCAAAGAUCGUAAGCUUCCUAUCAGAUCUGGCCUUUGAUGACCCAUGGAGUCUGUUUCUUAUGGACACUUUUGCUCCUCUAGGUUAUAUAAGGCUUUCUUCAAUUCGGAUGCAGGGCCUGCUACUACUGACCUUUGUAAAGCACAGGCACAUUCCCUUUGUACAGGACAUUCGUACCAAUUACAUUCGCACUGGACUGUAUGGCUACUGGGGUAACAAAGGAGGUGUGACUGUACGUAUGUCUGUAUACGGACACAUGCUGUGCUUCAUGAACUGCCAUUUGCCUGCACAUAUGGAGAAUACCAACCAAAGGCUGGAUGAUUUUGAGAGGAUGCUGGAGGCCCAGCAGUUUGACGGGGAAAGCAUUGGUGGAAUUUUGGAUCAUGAUGUAGUGUUUUGGUUCGGUGACCUGAACUUUCGAAUUGCUGACUUUGGAAUCCACUUUAUUAGAGAAGUGGUAAACGGUAACAGAUAUAACUUACUUUGGGAAAAGGAUCAGUUAAAUAUGGCCAAGAAAAAAGAACGGUUUCUGCAAGGUUUUAUGGAAGGUCCUUUAAAAUUUAAGCCUACAUACAAAUUUGAUCUGAACUCAGAUGUGUAUGAUACAAGUGGGAAAAAACGAAAACCAGCCUGGACAGAUCGCAUUCUUUGGAAGUUAAAGGAGGUUUCAGAAAGUGAACAAGAAGAAUCUGCUGGCUCUGAAUUUGAGCAUAUCUUAAAAGUUCAUUUAGAAAAAUAUACAAGCCACAUGAGCUACGGUAUCAGUGACCACAAACCAGUGACAGGCACUUUCACUUUGCAGAUGAGGCCUCUUGUUCUUGAACCUCCAGUGACUCUGAGAGCGGAGGGAGAAUGGAAUGCUGACCACGACUCUCUCAUUAGCUAUUCUGUGAGCAAGGAUUUUCCCAGUAGCACCUGGGAUUGGAUUGGUCUUUACAGGGUUGGAUUUCGACAUACAAAUGAUUAUGUCACUUACGCCUGGGUUAAAGAUGAUGAAAUCUCCUUUAGCAAAGAUUGUAACCAGGUUUACAUUAGCGCUGAUGAGAUUCCUCUUGAUGGGGGUGAAUUUGUUUUGUGCUACUCCUGUCACAAUUUGCAGUGUUUGGCUGGUAUUAGUGAGCCCUUUCAGAUCCAGCCUGGUCGGUCCUUACCGGGAAAAGAUGGGUCGCAGGGAAGCACUGAUGAUUCCACCAAGUCAGACAUGUUUAUGGGUUCUGGGUUCUAG